AGCAGCGGCAGCGGCGCGGGGUUGCAGUGGGCGUUGCGCGGCCGAGACCAUGGCAGGAGGCAAAGCUGGAAAAGACAGCCGGAAGGCCAAGGCUAAGGCAGUGUCUCGCUCACAGAGAGCUGGGCUCCAGUUUCCUGUGGACCGCAUCCACAGACACGUGAAGACUCACACCACAAGCCAUGGACGGGUGGGCGCCCCUGCUGCUGUGUACAGUGCUGCAAUUCUGGAGUACCUCACAGCCGAGGUGUUGGACUUGGCAGGUAACGCUUCUAAAGAUCUCAAAGGAAAGCGCAUCACCCCACGCCACUUACAGCUUGCAAUCCGAGGUGACGAAGAGUUGGAUUCACUGAUCAAUGCUACCGUAGCCGGGGGCGGUGUGCUUCCACACAUCCACAAGCCUCUGAUCGGAAAGAAGGGGCAGCAGAAAACUGCUUAGGACGUGAGUCACUGACCUGCUGUCCUCACUGUGUGUGACUGGGCAGAGGGUACCAGUCGGUGUGUGGGGAAGCAUAGACAAUUGCUGUAGACAAAAGACACAUUUGUAUGUUUUUAGACUCUCGAAGUUUGAUAAACUCCUUUCCCUGUGGUCAGUCAUGUGUUGACUGGCCAUGUCUCUCCCUUGUGUUUUAUACAAAAAUAAAAUUGAUAAACAUAU